AUGAGUAGCAGUAUUAGUAGAUAUACUUUGGCAAUAAUCAAACCUGAUAUUUUAAUCAGACAAUCGCAAUGUCUUGAUUCGAUCAUUCAAAAAAUAGAAACAAAGUUUAACAUUGUCAAUAGAAAACAAAUAGUUUUAUCAAUAUCAGAGGCAGAGCAAUUCUACAAUGAUCACAGAGGUAAAUUCUUCUAUGAAAGAUUAGUGGGUUUCAUGUCACGAGGUCCAAUCAUACCGAUGGUACUAAGUGAAAAGAAUUCACAAGUAGAUUCAAUAAAGAGUUGGAGAGAGUUUAUAGGUCCAACACAUGCUGAAAAUGCAAGAAAAUUAGAUUGUCUAAGAGGAGAAUAUGGUUUUUCAGAUACAUGGAAUGGAUUUCAUGGUUCAGGUUCACAUGAUGAAGCUUUAAAUGAGAUAAAGUUUUUCUUUCCAGACUUUGAUAAAACAAAUCAAUAA